AUGUCCCAACAAGAAACAAUUACUGGUAAGAAAUUGAGUGAAAUUCGUGUCCCUGUCCCAAGUGAUAUUGAAGUGUCUCAACAUUGUAAACCUGAAUUUAUUGGUGAUAUUGCCACACGUUAUGGCAUUGAUGUUGACGAAGAAUUGGAAUUUUACGGAAAGUACAAGGCUAAGAUUGAUGGAAAGAAAAUUCUUAAACGUUUAGGACAAGAUGCUCCAAUGGGAAAUUAUGUUUUGAUUACUGGUAUUAAUCCAACACCUCUCGGUGAAGGUAAAUCAACAACUUGUUUGGGUAUCUCACAAGCUUUGGGUGCUCAUCUCGGAAAAAAGGUUGUUUCUUGUUUAAGACAACCAUCACAAGGACCUGUUUUUGGUAUCAAGGGUGGUGCUGCUGGAGGUGGUUAUUCACAAAUUGUUCCUAUGGAAGAAUUCAAUUUGCACAUGACUGGUGAUAUUCACGCUAUUGCUGCUGCCAAUAACUUGUUGGCUGCUGCUGUUGAUACUAGAGUUUUCCAUGAAUCAUAUCAAAAGACUGAUCAACUCUUUGAUCACCUUUGUCCAGCUGGUAAGGACGGAAAGAGACAAUUUGUUCCAUCCAUGAUCCAAAGAUUGGCCAAAUUAGGUAUUGCUGAAAGAGAAGAUCCAGAUAAAUUAACACCAGAAGAAAGAGAAAAACUCGUCAGAUUAAAUAUUGAUCCAGCCACUAUUAAGAUUAACAGAGUUGUUGAUAUUAACGACAGACAUUUGAGAAAGAUCACUAUUGGCCAAGGUCCAAAUGAAAAGGGUCAAACCAGAGAAACUCAAUUUGAUAUUGCUGUUGCCUCUGAAUGUAUGGCUGUUUUGGCAUUGUCCAAGAAUUUGACAGACAUGAGAGAAAGAUUUGGUAAGAUUACUGUUGCCUAUGAUCGUGAUGGUAAUGCAGUUACUGCUGAAGAUGUUGGUGUUGCUGGUGCUAUGGCUGUCUUGAUGAAGGACACCAUUAAGCCAACUUUGAUGCAAACUAUUGAAUCUACUCCAGUUUUUGUUCAUGCUGGUCCAUUUGCUAAUAUUGCUGCUGGUCAAAAUGGUAUUAUUGCUGAUGAUAUUGCUUUGAGACUUGUUGGUGAAGAUGGUUUUGUUUUGACUGAAGCUGGUUUUGGUGGUGAUAUUGGUGGUGAAAAGUUCUUUGACAUCAAGUGCAGAAUUUCUGGUUUGAAGCCAUCUGUUGCUGUCAUUGUUGCCAGUAUUCGUGCUCUUAAAUUCCACGGUGGAUGUGCAUUGAAGAAUGUUACCCAACCAGACGUUGAAGCUGAAAUUUAUGGAGCUGCUGGUGUUGAAUAUGCUGAAGCUGCUGAAAAGGAAAUUCAAAAAUUGGACAAGUUGCCAGAAAAGUAUUCUAUUUGUUUUGCUAAAACUCAAUACAGUUUCUCUCAUGACGAAAAAUUGAAGGGUGCUCCAAGUGGUUUCAUUCUCCCAAUUAAGAGUAUCAGAUUAUACAGUGGUGCUGGUUUGUUGGUUCCUUUCUGUGGUGAUAUUUCUGCACUUCCAGGUCUUCCAACUCGUCCUGCCUACCUUUUGAUCGAUAUUGACCCAGAAACAGAAGAAGUUAAAGGUCUCUUUUAA